AUGGUCCUGGAGGAGAACGAAGACUCCGUCUUUGAGCCCCAAAUCACUGAGGAGUAUGUGGAGACUCAGUAUGGGGACAUCCACUGCAUCAUGACAGGAACUCGAAAAGCAAACCGGCCUGUCAUCCUGACCUUUCAUGAUGUUGGACUCAACCACAAAUCCUGUUUCGAAACUCUGUUCAGCCAUGAAGACAUGCAGGAAAUUGUUCGCCAUUUACCUGUUUGUCAUGUUGAAGCUCCUGGACAACAGGAAGAAGCCAAAACGCUGCCCGCCGUGUACACCUUCCCUACCAUGGACCAGCUCUCAGAGGUCAUUCCUGCUGUCCUCAAUCACUUUGAUCUAAACAGUGUCAUUGGUGUGGGAGUUGGAGCAGGAGCUUACAUUUUGGCCAGAUUUGCACUGAAUUACCCCGACUUGGUGGAUGGAUUGGUUCUGAUCAACAUCAACCCCAAUGCUGAGAGCCUAAUGGAUACUGUUGCAAACAAGAUUACCGACUGGACCCUCACUCUCCCAGACAAAGUUAUCACACACCUUUUUGGAACGGAUGAGAUCCAGGCCAAUCAAGACCAUGUGACUACAUAUCGUCACUAUAUCACAACAACGAUGAACCAGUCCAACGUGAGUCAGUUCCUACGUUCCUACAACAACCGCAAUACCCUGGAGGUAGAAAGGCCUGUCGCUGGAGGGAAUGUUAAUGUCAGGACCCUCAUGUGCUCCUCCCUGUUGGUUGUUGGGGAUAAUUCUCCAGCCGUGGAAGCUGUGGUCGACUGCAACUCUAAAUUGAACCCUACGAAAACCACACUACUUAAGAUGGCAGAUUGUGGAGGACUUCCUCAAGUCGACCAGCCCGCCAAAGUGAUUGAAGCUUUGAAAUAUUUUAUCCAGGGAAUGGGAUACUUGUCCAGCGCCAGCAUGACCAGGCUUCGCUCACGGACAACCUCCAGCUGCAGCAGCAUCUCGCUUGAUGGCUCACGAGGCCGUGCACAGACCAAUGAGCAUGGACGAACACAAUCAGAAGGCACUGAGGAGAAGUGUGGGUGUGCGCACACUGAUGUCUCCAUGGAGAGUAUUUCUACUAUAAGCCAUAACAUCUCAAACACCACUGAAGUGGCAUGCUAG